GCUCACGCAAGCAAUCCAGUAGGAAAACUAGUAUCGUGUGCCGUUGGCUUAAAUUUAGUUUGGAUAUUAUCCGCUGUUCUGUGCUUGGUUAAGGGAUUGGAUUAUCUAAGAGAUUUAUCUUUCAUUUAAAUAUCGAAUGCUACUUAGUGAAAAUGCACCAUCCAUGAAUAUUUCUGUGGCUGCUGCUAGAGCAUCUAGUAGGGUAUCAGUUGUAAAUAGCACUGCUCUAUAGCCAUUUUCGGAUAAUACUGUGCCUUUAUAAAUGCGUUCGGUUGGCCGAUACUUCAUUAAUGCUACUUCAAGUUCGGCAAUAGUCUGUGGUAUCUCCGGUCUGUGACGUAUCUGUUCUCUAUACAGAAAACUUCUCAUGGUUCGAUAAGAUACGUUUUUCGCAGCUUCUGGAUUUCUGUAAGAAACAAAAUAAAAUUGUUUAAGUUCAAAGGUUUAAUCUCUGAUAGCGCGAUUAUUAAUAAAAUUGCCUAAUGUUUAUUUAUUUUUCAAAUUCCUUCAUUUCAUUAAUUAAAACGAAAAAGAUAAAGAUUUCUUUGUUUCGAUUAAGCCAAUAUUUCUUUCACCUUAAAUAUUUUAAAAUUUAAUAGCUUUUCAAAGGAACUGCCUUUUGUAUUUAGAUUAACAUAAUGUAAGGUAGCGUACGUAUCAAAGACGAUUAACACAUUCAUUACCGAAAAAAUACAAUACUUCAAAAAUCUAUUAUACAUAUAAUUAUUUACUGUUCUGAUUCGUAAAUGUUAUUUCAACUUUCAUUAAAUAUCUUGUUAUAAUCAUUCUCGAAUAAUAUUCGGUACGAUCGGUACGAAAAUUUCAGAAUAUAACCUUCAUUAACUGUAGUUUCUUAUAAUGUUGAAAUUAAAUCCUGGUUGGGGUAAUAUCUUUCGCAAUAAGAAUUUUUAAAUAAAGGAAAAAUUUCCUGUAGCCAGUUGUAUCGGAUUAAUAAACCUUACUGUUAUUUAAGCACUGGCGAUCUAAUACUUGAAAUUCUGUAUAAAUUUUGUAUUUAUGACAAUGUCACGUGAAACUUUGUAUAAAUUUUGUAUUCAUGACAAAGUAGACUAUCCCAGAAGACCAUGGGCGUAUCCAGAGGGGGGCAGGGGGGCAGCUGCCCCCCCCCCUAGACUCAAUGAGAUCCCCAUUGAGAUUACGAAUAAUAUAAUUAAUAGAUUUGCCGAGGACUCUAGAAAAUUAAUUUUUAUAUAAAUAAAAAAUUUUUUUUUAUAAGUACGUAGUUUAAUUUAUGCUGCAUAAUUCACCUACGAGUGAAUCCUGUUCUGCCCCCCCCCCCCAGACAAAAGUCUGGAUACGCCCAUGCAGAAGACCUAGUGUAUUCUAGAGCUGGUACUGUCAAUGUACACUUUCUACAUACAUACGUUUACCUUGUAUAAAUCGAAACAUUUUAAUUGACUUACCGUCGGCAUAUCAUAUCAAAUCUAUUUUUCGGUUUCGUCAUCGUUUCUCGACAAAAUUGUAUCAUUUCUUUUUUCAUUUCAUUCUCUUACAACUUUGGGCGCGUUCCGUUUCACGUAUGACACGCAUGAUGCAUCAUUUCUCUUUCUUUAACAUUUGCCGAAUAACAAGGAUAAACGAUUCGGUUAUCGGUUGUGCUUCGCAGUUCUCGUGUGCCGAAGACAGCUCCUCGUGUUAUACAUGUUAACGAGUUCAACAAUUGGCCGGUAGACAAAAUUGUGUGCAUGAACAGGAGAACAUGUUUGCCACAGUUUAGUCGGUCUCUUUCUUAACGUUACUUUACAUUUGCGAAUUUCCUUUGAUUCUCGAAGGCAGUACAAUGGAACAACCGGUCAAAACAGUCGCUCCUAAGACUAAGGACCGAAAGCCUUUGCACAUAUUGCAACCAGCAGCCACCGAUAACGAAACUUUAGUUGGAGCUGACAGGAUUCUUAGAUUUGCCAAGUCAAAAGAGACGAAAACAAAAACAAAACAGUACGCAAUAGAAAAUGUUAAGAAGGAUACUGCUAAGUACACAAAAAUGACUAAGAUAAGCAAGGCUGUCCAGACUGCACGAGAGGAAAAAGCGAAAAUUGAAGUAGAAGAUCUAACAUCAGACGAGCCUAGCGAAAACUACUGGCAAAUUGUGGCUGAAAGAAGACGAAUGGCGGUUGUGGAUGCCAUAGAAGAAAAUAAGAAACUGGCACAGUAUAUUGAAAAGUUGAAGGAGGAAAAUCGUGUCUACAAGGAAAUGUUGGACGAGACGAAAACAUUUGUCGAAGUACUACAGGAACAAAUUGAAGACGACAGAAGCGGUAUAAAUAACUCGUUAGGUGACAGCACUCUUUGAUUUGAGUUAGCCCUCAAUUCCUCGAUGAAAACAAGAGAAAUGAAUAAUACACUAGUGAUCACGAUGUUAAUUUAUAAAAACUAUUUAUGUUAAUU